AUGGACUUCUCAAUUUUGGAGGACCGAUUUUUCUCUUGGCAAGAGUUAUUACCUCGGUUACAUUAUUUGUUCAUUCUCAUUUAUCAGAUAGUGAGUGAAUAGGUUAAGAUAGUGGCAUACAAUCAUGCUCUCCCCAAAAAAUACCUCAGGUUUUCCUCUGGCACAAUAUUGACAUAUCGAUCAUAUGAUCUAGGAUCUCAUAAUUUAGAAUUGGAUAUUGAUGCAUUGUGUGGUGGACCGUGCUUUGCAACAAUAGAAGAAGACUUUUUCAUUGUGCUGCACAGCAUGCUAGCGAGGAGACCAGAAGUAUCAAAUAUCCACUGUGUCAAAGGUGCAAAGGUUCCUCUGAUGCGAUUCAAAUUUGAUGGGAUCUCUAUUGAUCUUACAUAUGUACGACUGAAAGUAAUAUCUGUACCUGAAGAUGUGGAUGUAUUCAACCCAUUCUUUUUGAAGAAUAUUGAUGAUACGAGUUGGAAAAGUCUGUCUGGUGUACGAGUAAAUAGGAGAAUCAUUUAACUUGUGCCAAAUGUAGAGAUAUUCCAGGCAGUUCUGCGUUGUGUUAAGAUAUGCGUAAAGAAAUGAGGAGUUUAUGGGAAUUUGCUUGGAUUCUUUGGAGUUCCUCUAGCAGUGCUUUCAGCAUUCAUCUGUCAAUGGCAUCCAACAGCCAGUUUGAGCACUCCUAUCUUUAUUUUCUUUAAGACAUUUGCCUUUUGGCCUUGGCCUACUCCAAUAAUUUUACAAGAUGGAGUUUCUUGGCCAUUUAUUCCCAGUGAUUAAGUUUUGCGGAUGCCAAUCCAGUUACCAUGUAGCCCAUAUGAUUUUUGUCAUUCAAAUGUUGUCAAAAGUAUAUUUUUAAGAAUAAAGAGCGAGUUCAUCAGAGGGCAUAUGCUAACCAAGGAUAUGUUAAGGCCAGAUUUUUAUUGGAACCAUGUGUUUGAGUCCUUUCCUUAUCCAAGAAAAUAUGGGAAAUUUGUCAAAAUUUUCCUCUCAGCUUCUGAUAAAGAUGAGCUAGGUGACUGGGUGGGCUGUGUCAAGUCACGCUUUCGCUGCCUAACUAUCAAACUGGAGGAGUUUCUGGGUUUUUGUGAUCCCAACCCAACGGAGUAUGUUGACGUAGAUGCAUCAGAACCCAAUGCCGUCUUCUAUUGGAGAUUGCCUCCUGCUAGGACGGAUGUGAUAGAUAUAAGUCACAUGGAGGAAGAGUUCUUGAAGAACACGAACAAUGUACACCAAGGCCCGACUGGGAAGAUAAAGUUAUCAAUUGUGCAAGCUGAUCAGUUACCUCAGAAGUCCCACUUCGACAGUAACCGCCAGAGUGCAAAGCCAUGUUGGAGGAUUGUGAGGAGCAAUCAGAGAAUAGUUCCUGCAUACUACAACUACCAACCCAUCUAUGUCGACGGAUAUUUGACCACAAAUGCAAGUCUCCAGUACUCAAGUGCUGGGGGUUAGGCUGCUGCGGUCCCUUCUGGUUUGUGCACUUCAGUCGUUUGGUCUUCUGCAGAGUGAAUCGGCUCAACACAGUUUUUAUUCGGGGGUACAGAGAAGAUUGACAAUUGUACAUUUUGUGUCACAUGUAAAUCAUCUGAUUGUGUAAAUGCUUUUGCUCUUGAAAAGCAGAAUGAAAAAAUGUGGAAAAAAUGAACGUGUCCAUGAAAAAUGAGUCAUAUGGAUGGUCUAUGCUUGUUUGAUGGAUCUAAUGUUGUGACUUGUGUUCUUUUGCUCCAGUAUUGCAGUUGCUGCUUUACUAGCUUGUACUUGUCAAAUUUAUUGUGCAAUAUUCUGAAUUUAGGAACUUUUUAUUA